AUGGCUUCCCUCGUGUUAAUAGUUUCACUUCUCUUUGCAACUUUCUCUUCUCCUUUUGUAGAGGCUGCUAAUAGUACUGGUUACACCCUCCGGGCAGGAUCACUAAAUCUAAUCGAUUCUUGCUGGCGAAGAAACCCUAAUUGGGCGACUAACCGUCAUGCCCUAGCCAACUGCGCGAUAGGAUUUGGGAAACCCACGUUAGGGGGCAAGCAGGGGCCGAUCUAUGUGGUUACAAGCCCAUUAGACGACCCUAAAGCCCCUAAACCCGGAACUCUAAGAUAUGGGGCGAGCCAACCUAAACCGCUAUGGAUCACAUUCGCACGUGACAUGGUCAUAGUGUUAAAAACCCAGCUCCAUGUAAUGAGCCACCAGACGAUUGACGGGAGAGGGGCAAGAGUGGAAAUUGCCAACGGGGCGUGCCUAUCGGUAUACCAUGCAAGCCAUGUCAUUAUACAUGGGAUAAUUUUCCAUGAUUGUAAACCGGGUAGUUUAGGUCCGAAAAGAUGGGAGGGUGACGCAAUCCGCGUGUUUCAUUCUACGCAUGUUUGGAUCGAUCAUUGUUCCUUUUCUCGGUGUCAAGAUGGUUUGAUCGAUGUGCUACAUGCUUCUACGGCCGUUACUAUUUCUAAUAAUUCAUUAACACAGCACGUUAAAGCGAUGUUACUCGGACAUGAUGACAAUUUUGUGGAUGAUAAGAAAAUGAGAGUUACAGUUUUAUUUAACACUUUUGGACCGGGUCUCUCUGCAAGAAUGCCUAGGGUGAGCAGAGGGUAUGCGCAUGUAGCAAACAAUAGGUACGAAAAAUGGCUAACGUAUGCGAUCGGAGGAAGUGCUGAUCCAAUUAUCUUUUGUGAAGGCAACUACUUCGUUGCUCCAAACGACCCUAGCAAAAAACAGGUGACGAAGAGAAUGGGUGGUAAACUUGGUACAGCAAAAUGGAAAUGGAGUACGUCUAAGGACGUUUUCAUGAACGGAGCUUACUUUACGCCGUCUGGCGGACCUGCCGUCGCACCGCUGUAUGGAACAGGAGAGUCGUUUCAGGUGUCCCCCGGCUCUCUCGUCCCUUCUCUUACUUCUUCAGCCGGUGCUCCCCGUUGCACCAUCGGCAGGGUUUGCUAA